GCCUGUCUAUUGUGUCCGUUGAGAUUUAAUUUUUGCGGAUAUUAUAUAAAUAUCUUAUUUAUUUGAAGUAAAUAAACAGUACAGUGCAUAAGGAAUCCUGAAUUUAGAAAUAUCUAUGCAGCAUGAUGGUGGAAAGCCCUAUAACAUCGACACCAGACUUGUUGCGGUUGAGAAAAAGUCUUAGUGGGAGUAGUGGCACAAGCUCAUUGAAGCGGCGUAGUUUGAUACCUCAAACUCGAGCUGCCAACCCUCGGGAUGAGGAGCGAAACGAUGACGAUGCUGAGCGUUCGUCUCUGGUGGCGUCGGAGCGGGCGAUCGCCACUUCCACACCGCAUUCACCACGUCGCCCACGAGAUACCAUGUCCUCAUCACCACAGAAAGAGCAUUUUCAGGGGUGUCUCAAGCUGUAUGCUGAAAAUAAAAUAAACAAGGACAAUGCAUGGAACCUGCAGCUCAUUGACUUCAUGACAUCCAUGCUGCGGAAGCAUGACUCCCGUAUGGACAACCUACAGACGGCUUCGACCGUCGUGGACGCAUCUGCCAGGAUAUACUCAUUCAGGGUGGAUGCGGUGCAUUAUGAUGUUCUGAAGAUGGCCGGAGGUUUGAGCAAGGCUGCUCAGUCCAAACGUGGCAAGAAAGACGAUGACGGCUGCACGCAAGACGAGGGUGCGGUGGACGGUGACAAUGCAGCACCCACUAGAAAGAAAAAGAAGCGGGCCAAGGGAGCCAUUGCGCCUAACCCGGAGGUGUUUAACGGAGACUUUGAAGCUAAUGACUGCAUAGAUCCUUUUUUCGAAAGAUUAGCAGCAACGGCCGGUGAUAUAACAUCUUCUAAUAGAGCCUUCAACGCAACUCUCCCCAUACAUGAUAAGACGUUAGGUCUUAUUUUAAGAACUGAUGAGCGCUUCCUUGAGCCAAUCAAGGAGGACAUUCCCGUAGACUUGGAUCUGAGCGAGCAGAUCACGCUUGCAGCCAAGAUGCUGCCGGCCUUCACUGAUGACGAUCACGUCUGCGAGCCUUUCACUGGCUUCUCUAUUAGCAAUUGGGAUCCAGAGACUGAGGACACGGAUGUACGCAUCAACAACUGGGUGGAAGACAACAACCGGCUAAACCUGUCGCAACAGGCGCUGGCCUUCGAUGUGAAUGCUGAAGUCGAGCCAGUACCCCAGGAGGAGGCCCACAAUGACCUAUUCGAUGACGAGCCUCUCGGCGGCAUCGACUCCGACUCGGAGCACGACGUGGUGAUGGCGGCGUGCAACGCUCGCGCCGGCGCCGCUCCCCCCCCGCGCCUCACCGACAUGCGGCCCGGCGCGGCGCCCGACUCCAGGCUCGAGUACUCCUACUGCGGCGCCGUCGUCGGCGCCUGGGCCGGCCCCAGGCACUGGCGGCUCAAGAACAACAGAGUCUCCGAACGCACUCAAACUACUGCCGGCCGGACGCUCGAGACCAAAAAGCCGACGCGCACGAAACGUCAGCUCGACUUCCCGGGCGCCGGCCUCGCCUUCGACUGCCGCGCCGCGCCCGCCGGCGACUACGAGCCCGCGCAGCCCGCUAAGAUCAUGAUCAGCAGGAAAACACUCGCCACGGGACACACGUGGAACGAGGCCAACUUCAAAAUGCCUAUUGACAGAGGCCUAGACGAGUCCCACUUCCGCAAGCUGUUCCUACGCAGCAGCGUCCUGUUGCUGCGCAAGCGCGAGCUGGAGCGCAACCGCGCGCCCGCGCCGGAGCCCGAGCCGGUCGACGAGAAGCCCUACGACUACAAUAACGAGAACGACGCCUCGUACUGUGCCAACGCGCAGGAUGGCGACGAGUGGGGCAACGAGGACGGCACGGCGGCCGGCGAGCUGCACGAGCAGGCCAAAGCGACGGAGCCCGAGGAAAUAGGGGACAUGCUCGAACCGCCCACCAAGGUCGCGAAAAUCUUCAUACCCUACGCCAUGAGAGCCAAAAAAGUCGACAUGAAGCAACUAAAGAACUGUACAUGGAAGAUGUUGACAGAGAACUCACCAGGGGACCAAGAAGACGUCACAGAAACCACAUUUGCCACAAUCUACAAGAAUCUACCGAAUAAACUAUCCACCAACAUGAGAGAGUCGCUCAGUGUGCCGCUGGCCUUAUUAUCCGUGCUACAUUUGGCCAAUGAAAAAGGUUUGAUAUUGAAGAAACGGGAGGACUUGAAAGACUUCGAUAUUGUAGGUCUGAUAAAAAAGUGAAGUAUAUUGUGUAUGCCUAAUGUGUCAUUCAUUUGUACAUAGACUUGCAUUUUUAAUAUUUUUUAAGGUCUUACUAAGUUUUCUAGGUAAUGCAAAUACCCUAUUUUUUGUUUUUUUAAAACAAUUCAAUUAAUUAAUUAUAAUGGAACAUUGUAUAUUUUAUAAUUGAUUUAACGUAUUUUUUUUACG